AUGUAUGUUGACAACGAAGCAAAUGAAGAUGAUGAGUCUGAAGAUAGGUUGGACGAAAUGUUCCGUGAUGUUGGAGAAGAGUUCACAAAUCGAUCAAAUGAGUUGGAUGAAUUAUUAAAUGAUUCAAAACAGCCUUUAUGGCCCGGGUGUAGUAAAUAUACUCGCUUAUCUGCUGUUUUGAAAUUAUUCAACUUAAAAGCUGGGAAUGGAUGGAGCAACAAGAGCUUUACUGCUUUACUUGAUUUAAUAAACGAUAUGCUCCCAGAAGAUAAUGGACUCCCGAAGAGUACAUAUGAUGCAAAGAAGAUUAUGUGUCCCAUGGGUAUGGAGUAUGAAAAGAUACAUGCUUGUCCUAACGAUUGCAUAUUGUUUAGGAAUGAUUACAAAGAAUUGAAUGCAUGUCCGAUCUGUGGGGCAUCUCGGUACAAAAUAAGAGAGCAUGUUGUUGGUAAGGCAAGUUCGAAAGGGCCACCAGCUAAAGUUAUGUGGUAUCUCCCAAUUCUUCCAAGAUUUAAGCGUAUGUUUGCAAAUUCAUGCGACGCGAAAAACUUAACAUGGCAUGCAGAUCAAAAAAUUUCUGAUGGCAAGCUUCGACACCCAGCUGAUUCUACUCAAUGGAAAACCUUUGAUAAUGUUUUUCCUGAAUUUGGCAAUGAGUCCAGAAAUCUUAGACUUGGCCUUUGUACAGAUGGUAUAAACCCCCACGGGAACCUAAGUAGCAAGCAUAGCUCGUGGCCAGUUAUGUUAGUGAUUUAUAAUCUACUUCCUUGGUUGUGUAUGAAACGCAAAUAUAUAUUACUGUCCUUGAUGAUUUCUGGCCCAAAACAACCCGGUAAUGAUAUAGAUGUCUUUUUGGCACCUUUGAUUGAUGACUUGAAAAAAUUGUGGGAUGAAGGUGUGUUAGUGUUUGAUGCCUACCGGAAAGAGAAUUUUAAGUUGCAUGCUAUGCUUUUUUGCACAAUCAAUGACUUUCCAGCUUAUGGAAACCUGGCUGGGUAUAGUGUCAAAGGACAUAAGGCAUGCCCUAUAUGUGAAGAUAAUACAUGUUAUACACAACUUGUCCAUGGCAGAAAGUCAGUCUACUUGGGUCACCGGAGGUUUCUUGAUAGAGCUCACCCUUACAGGAGAUUAAAAAAGGCUUUCAAUGGGCAACAAUACUAUACAGAUGCUCCACAACCAAUGACUGGGAUUGAAGUUUAUGAAUGUGUAAAAGGUAUAAAUGUUACUUUUGGUAAAACUCAAAAACUUAAAUCUCAACGAGGUAAGAGGUUAAGAGCUAAUGUUGAGCAACUAUUGCCAGUGGCUGUUAGAGGUAUAUUGCCCAAAAAGUUGAGAUAUACUAUUAUUAGGUUUUGUUUCUUUUUCAAUGCUAUUUGUGGAAAAGUGAUUGAUCCAGACAAACUAGAUGAAUUGCAAAAUGGCAUUGUUGUUACAUUGUCUCAGUUGGAGAUGUAUUUUCCACCGUCAUUUUUUGAUGUCAUGGUUCAUUUGGUUGUACAUCUGGUGCGAGAGAUCAAACAGUGCGGUCCUGCUUAUUUGAGGUGGAUGUACCCAUUUGAACGUUAUAUUGCUAAGGAGGUAACUGAAUUUUGUACUGAAUAUUUGGCGGGGGUAGAAGCUAUUGGUCUUUCUAAGUAUCGAUAUGAAGGAAGAAGUGCUGGGAAAGGUACUCGAGGACGCAAAGUAGCCGGUAUGCCUCGUGAAGAUAUUGAGGAAGCACAUUUGUACAUCUUGCAUAAUACAAGUGAAGUCGAGCCAUAUUUAGAUGAGCACAAGGCAUUGAUUAAAGAUCAAAAUCCAAGAAAGACAGACAUGUGGAUUGUGAGCGAACAUAAUCGUACUUUUAUUAGUUGGUUCAAGAAGAAAGUUCUGAGUGCUACUAACUAUUCUGAAACAGUACGAUGGGAAGGUCACAAAAAUGAGCAAUUCAUAAUGGCAUCUCAAGCAAAACAAGUAUUUUUUGUUACUGAUCCUAGUGAUAAAAAAUGGUCUGUUGUUCUUCAUGGAAAGAGACAAAUUACUGGUGAAGGGAAUGAAGAUGUUAGUUAUGAGAUUGAGGAAAUACCACCCUUUUCUUCAAGUUUAUUACCAGUUAUUAUAGAUAAUGAGAUAGAUGAAGUGCAUGCAUCACGUGAUGAUCAUCAUGAGGGGCUAUGGGAGAAUUGA